CCCGCCAUAACUGCGAUUUGUAAAUAAAGAAAAAUGUGGUAAACACAGAACCUAUACACAGCAGUCUUAAUCCCCUGGAGGAAUUAACAGAACAGCAGCACCAUGGGAUUUGGAUUUGGCAUUGCAUGUGUGUGUCGACGUCAUAUGUUUGGUCUGUUUAAGUUCCAACAUCAACGGUUUAUGUCAAAUUAUUCAACAUGUUCAAUGACAAUGAAUGAAUGUCUUUCAAAAGUACAAGAUUUCCAAUUUAGUCCAUAUCUGUUAAAACAUUGCACAAUGGGGACAUCAUUUUCUGAGGCUAUCGUGAAACCAGUCGAGUGGGUGGCUGAUGAGAAUGGAAAUUUGAGAAAUCCAGAAUCCAUUCCAGAAGAUUUAAUGUCAUCAUAUAUAUCUUACAGAGUGAAUUUCAAAGACUUGUUUGCAGAUGGGUUUCACAUGUUAAGCAAUAGUGAAAGCCUUGGACGAAUCUAUCAACUAGCUCCACUGUUUCAUUUUUUGCGCAAAAAAGAUUACCAUGAAAAAUGUCUUCGUAAGGCAUUACAAGAACAUAGAGACAGGAAAAAAUUCACAGAGUCGCAAAUAUCCAUGUUGCUGGCAAUUCAUCUUCUGUCACAACUGGUUUUCCCAACUGAUGAUCCAGGUUUGACAGACACUUCUAUCCCAUUGCCAUAUAUCAUGUCCAAUGAUGUUCCAGAUAAAGUUGUAAGCUGUCCCUGCGGCUGUGGUAGAACAGUGUUUUAUGGAAAUACAGGAAUUGGAACUACAGCUUUAUGGUAUGGAAACCCAGACAUACUGGUGUUCCCAAAUGGUGGUGUUUGUGGUAUUUCAAGUUCCCCAGUGAAAGAUUUCUCAGAGUUUGACAUUUUGAAUGAAGAAAAUGAACUGCUAGAUGAGGUAGAAACAGAACUUUCAUCUCUACGGCAUAUGAAAAGUAUUCGUCAGUUUACAGCCCAAGCAAUUACUUUUUCAUUUUACCAAGCAUCAAUCCAAGAACAAAACAGCAGGAGCAGUGACCAUGGUGACAGCUUUGUAUCUCUCAUACCAACAAUUGCUAUUAGUGAAAAAGGUUUUGAUGUUUAUAUGUAUGAUAGUGUGAAUGAAAUAUUUUUUAGAAAUUGUGGUGACUCUCUUCCAUUGUGGAAUGAACAAUUACCAACUCACCAUAAUGCAACAAUCAACAUUUCCUCAGUUGUCACCCUUUGGAUGUUAAUUCACCAUCUCACGUUAAAACCAGCAGUUACCCCAGCACAUGUUUCUUUGUUUGGAGGAUCAGCUUCAUUAGGACUUGAUAAGGAACAGAUACAAGAAAUAAAAAGGACAAUUACAAUGUCAAAGGAUUUCCCAGUACCUGAUCUACAUGAAAAACUAAAUCUUACAAAAAAGAAAACUGUCUGAAAUACAGUACAUAAAGCAUGAUAGACUAUAACUGCAUUUUCAGGUUAUCCAGAACUUAUUGAUUGAAGUUUAGUUGUUUUAUUCAAAUUCCAGCAUGCCUACUAAAAAAGUACAUGCUGUGGACAAGCUAUUAUCUACAUUAUGAUGAUUUGGUGCAAAUUACAAAUGUCAAAAUUGUAGUUUUUUACUGCUUAUGAUAUCCUUUAUUUUAAUAUGAUACUCUAAAAAAAUAAAAAUGUCAGUCUAUUGCUGAAUUUGAAUUU